GGCUUUGGGACAACUGUGGAACAAUUACAGAAACUGAUGGAAUGCAGAGGUUCCGAAGGACUCCAAGCUUUAAAAUCUCAAUUCGGGGGAGUGGAGGGAUUGUGUCAAAAGCUUCGGACCUCUUCAAUUGAAGGUUUUUCCGAUUCGAAGGAGGCCCUGGCCCUAAGACAAAAAACUUUUGGUCGCAACUUAAUACCCACUAAAAAACCUAAAAGCUUCAUAAGACUUGCCUGGGAAGCGCUUCAAAAUGUUACCCUCGUGAUUCUAAUAGUCGCAGCCUUGAUUUCAUUGGGCCUUUCUUUCUACAGACCCCCUAAGGAAUUGGCAGCUGAUAUACCUCACGAUGAAGGAGAGAAUACGUCGGGGUGGAUAGAGGGGACUGCCAUAUUGGUGUCCGUAGCCGUGGUAGUUUUGGUGACGGCCUUUAACGAUUGGAGCAAAGAGAAGCAAUUCCGUGGCUUGCAAAAAAAAGUUGAGCACGAGCACAAGAUAGCCGUGAUUCGGGCGGGGAAACCUGACGAGGUGUUCAUACAAGACGUGAUGGUAGGAGACGUGUGCCAAGUCAAAUAUGGAGAUCUACUUCCCGCAGAUGGCAUAAUAUUGCAAUGCACUGAUCUUAAAGUGGACGAAAGCUCUUUGACUGGAGAAUCCGACUUGGUCGACAAAAGUCCUGAGAUGGACCCCAUGCUCUUAUCAGGGACGCACGUGAUGGAGGGUAAAGGAAAAAUGGUAGUUACCGCCGUUGGACUCAAUUCUCAAAAUGGGAUAAUUUUUGCCCUAUUGGGCGCAGCUCAAGGAAGAUCCACUUCGGCCAAAGAUAUCGGGACAGAUACUUCGAUAGCACCGAAUGAUGUGCCAACAGAUAAAAUAAAUAAAGUUAAUGUGGUUACCGAGGUGAAAGAACAGUCGGUCCUACAGACUAAAUUGACUAAAUUAGCCAUCCAAAUCGGGUAUGUUGGGUUCGCGAUAGCCGUUUUGACAGUAUUAAUAUUGAUAAUCAAGUUCUGCGUUAAAACAUACGCCAUAGAAAAGAGUCCCUGGCGCCCUUACCACGCCCAAUAUUUCGUAAAGUUUUUCAUAAUUGGUGUAACCGUUUUAGUUGUAGCAAUUCCAGAAGGCCUGCCUUUGGCUGUAACGCUCAGUCUAGCCUAUUCGGUGAGAAAAAUGAUGCAAGAUAAUAACCUAGUCCGGCAUUUGGAUGCCUGCGAAACUAUGGGCAACGCUACGGCCAUUUGUUCUGAUAAAACUGGUACUCUGACUACCAAUAGAAUGACAACCGUUAAGGCUUACUUGGAAGGAAUUCUUUACGACAAAAUUCCGCGUUUCGAACAGAUGAAUCCUCUGUACGGCGAUUUAUUGAUCGACGCCAUUUGCAUCAACAGCGGAUAUACUUCACAAUUGGUGAAAGAUGACAAGACAAAUCUUCCUGUACAAGUAGGCAAUAAGACAGAAUGCGCUCUCUUGGGAUUCGUAGCUGACACGGGUAAAAGUUAUAAAGAUGUAAGAGAUCUUUGGCCAGAGAAUAAAUUGUACAAAGUUUACACUUUCAACUCGGCGAGGAAAUCGAUGUCUACCAUUAUCAAAAUACCGACUAAUAAUGGUGAUAUCGACAAACCUACUUUUAGAAUAUUUACGAAAGGGGCCUCUGAGAUAAUUCUCACGAAAUGCGAAUACUUCUUCUCAACCAACGGGUCCGUAGAACCAUUUGCAGAGAGAGAUCUCAAAAAUACGAUUAACAAUGUUAUAGAACCUAUGGCCGCGGAAGGAUUGAGAACGAUAGGCAUCGCCUACAAGGAUUAUAUACCUAGUGGGGCUAUAUCAAAUGACAAGGAAUCUUUGAAAAAUUGGGAGGAAUAUAAGGAAGAGCCGAAUUGGGAUGACGAUAAAAAUAUAUUGAAGGGUUUUACGCUCCUAGCCGUUAUGGGAAUACAGGAUCCAGUGAGAGAAGAAGUUCCGGAAGCCAUAAAAAAAUGUCAGAGAGCGGGCAUAACGGUUAGAAUGGUGACGGGCGAUAAUAUAAAUACGGCACGUUCUAUAGCAACUAAAUGCGGUAUAUUGACCCCGAACGAUCAAAAUUUCCUGAUUUUGGAAGGCAAAGACUUUAACUCCAGAAUACGUAACACUCAAGGAGAAGUCGAACAGGCAUUAGUCGAUGAGAUAUGGCCAAGACUGAGAGUUCUAGCUCGGUCUUCCCCUCAAGACAAAUAUGUGCUGGUUUCGGGUAUGAUCGAUAGCAAGCUAAGCAAGAAUCAAGAAGUGGUGGCAGUAACUGGAGACGGGACUAACGAUGGGCCGGCUCUUAAAAAAGCAGAUGUAGGGUUUGCCAUGGGUAUAACGGGCACCGAUGUAGCAAAAGAGGCUUCGGAUAUUAUACUCACUGACGACAACUUUAGCAGCAUAGUGAAGGCAGUAAUGUGGGGCCGGAACGUUUAUGACAGUAUAUCCAAAUUCUUGCAGUUCCAACUCACAGUGAACGUAGUAGCUGUUAUCGUGGCCUUCGUUGGGGCUUGCGCCCUUUCCGAUAGUCCCCUGAAGGCUGUUCAGAUGUUAUGGGUGAACCUGAUCAUGGACACUCUAGCCUCCUUGGCUUUGGCUACAGAGUUACCAACGCCAGAAUUGCUGGAAAGAAAGCCAUACGGAAGAAACAAAGCCCUCAUCUCGAGCACCAUCUUGACAAACGUGAUUGGCCAUGCGAUCUACCAACUCAUCGUUAUUUUCACCCUUUUAUUCUCGGGCGCCCGCUUAUUCGGAAUUGUAAAUGGAGCGAGCGUGUCGAUAAAUUCACCCCCAACCCAACAUUUCACCAUAAUCUUCAACGUCUUCGUCAUCAUGACGUUAUUCAACGAGAUAAACGCCCGAAAGAUUCACGGUCAGCGCAACGUUUUCAAAGGAAUCUUUCAUCAUCCGAUAUUUUACGGUAUAUGGAUAUUGACAUUCAUUUUGCAGGUUAUAAUCGUGCAAUUUGGAGGUAGAGCGUUUUCCACGGCUCCCUUAAGCUCUCGACAAUGGAUAUGCUGCUUAUUGUUAGGAAUGGGAGAAUUACUCUGGGGUCAAAUUGUUAUUUCCAUACCCGUGAAGAAGUUAUUAGCGCAUUGUAAAUGCGGGCGCGGCAAGGAGAUCAUAAAGAAAAUCGAUGCCAAAACCACUCCCCGUGACUACAUAGGAGGACGGUACAACAACGUCGAAAGGUUGACAGGAGGUCUUUAUGAAAGGAAAGUAGGGCAUAUCCUUUGGAUAAGAGGUCUAAAUAGAAUUCAAACCCAAUUGCACAUAAAACCAAAACGUAGCAGGUGGUCCAGUAUCCGAUACAUAUCGCCUAAAUUAAGCUCGAAAACCUCACUCACGAAAAUAACGAAAAACGGUAGUAACCUCGAAGGACCUUCGAAAUGGCCGCACGUUAAUGUUCCUCAAAUCAAUCCCGAAAAAAGUAGAGCCCCAGUUUCUACCCUCGAUAACUCUUUUACUGCCAGAUCCGACAAUGACAAUCAUAUUCAUCAUAUCGAGACACAAACACGAUUAUGA